AUGAGCUCCAAGGCCAAGCGGGUGCUGCCCACCCGCCCCGACCCCCCCAGCGCCCAGCAGAUCCUGGCCGACGUUCGAGGCUCCCCCCCGGGCGACCCCGUCUGCCAGCCCCCCCCCGCUCCCCGCCGGGACCGCGGCCCCGGCUCCCCCGGCACGGAGCAGCGGGAGCGGCUGUACCGGCAGAGCCGAUCCUACGUGGAGAUGAACCAGCGGCUGCAGGAAUCCCGGGAGCGGCUGCGGGAGCGGCGCGAGGAGCUGCGGCGGGCGGGAGCGACGCUGGAGCGCGGCAUCGCGGAAAUGAGGGAGAAAGCUUGCUGA